GACGCCUUGAUAUGAUUCAUUCUACCAUACAGCUAAUUGAUUGAAACCUGCUGCCUAAGGGGUUAUGCCUUGCCGUUUAUCUUAUAAGAGCUCGUUUAAUAGAUCCUCAGUCUCACAGAUGCAAGUUGCUGCUGCCGCUCCUGCUGCCGACCUGCCGGGAGUUUGGGCGGCUCGGAGACUUUCCACCUGGCCUCGAGAUGACCAUCGGGAUGGUAUCCGCAUCCUCCAACUUAUUCGGUGCCUCCUCCUCCUGAGCCUUGCUCGUCCAACUGCCCUUGCCAGAACCGUUGCUGCGAUGCAAGUUAGGACAAGAGCAAGGGGGGCGAGAGCAACGACUCACCCCUUGAUCGAGGCGAGCAACGUAGAUUGCGUCUGCUGUAGUGAUGCCCUCAUUUGCUGCCUGAUGGACGCCAGCUCCAUCCGCUUCUGAGUGGCUGGGGAGACGUUGCUCGAGAGC